AGUGCCGUUGUUACAGCCAGCAUUACCUGUUCCACCCCCAGCCCAGUCCCAACAGCUUCACCACUUCGAACCAUUCGCAGUGGCUCCCACAAGCUCUAUCAAGUUUCCCACAUCUCCCAGCCAGUUUUCCAUCUGAGGAACCAGCUGUCAAAGAAGGCUUCUUUCCAGAUGCCCCAGCUGUCACAGAACACAUCAGGUUCCAUCCCAUCUUGCAAGUCUUGGUGUCCCCAGCUGUCACAGAACACCACAUGUUCCAUCCCACCUUGCAGGUCUUAAUGUCCCAUCAGUUCUUAUGUACUUGCUCCUGGUUUGAUCUUGAUUGCCAAAUCUAUCCAAAAGCAGUCAUUGUCAGGCUAACCCAGCAAGACCAACUUCAACCAAGACCUCCCAAAGGAAACUUGAGCUUGGACUAGGCAGAAACAACUUUCAUUCCUCUCCCAGUUGUGCUCAGAAAUUUGUUUUCCCUCAGUUGAAAAACAAGUUUCUGCCUCAGUCCAUCAGAACUGAGUAGAAAGUUCACCUGCCUUCAGACAGUCACUGACGCCUCUGCCAACCUUUGCCGCUCCAAGCGCUUUCAUCAUCUACCAACCUUGCCACCAAGCACAGCUUCUUUCCCCUACCCUUUUUGUUCACCAUCAUGACACAGUCUCAGAUGAUGUUGCGCAGUGGAUCCACUGCCUCCAAAGGUACCCAGUCCAGCAAGUCCUCUAUGAGGGUCAGCUCCCACAAGACCAUGAUGGAGAAGUUCAAAAAGGCCAGUGGUCUCGAUAAAACCAGCACCAUGUCCAAGGAGCCUGAGCAGCGAUACAUGACGAAACAUAUCAAAAUUUACCAGCCUAAGCCACCAACCGAGAUUGCUGAACUUCUUCAGUUGUUCUACUCGGUUGCUAUGGAGGAUCCUGCCAAUUUGGCAGAUACUAUUCACAAACUCCAUGAGGAAUACAAGCAAAACCCCAAGAAGUCGGAGCAGUUCUGCAUUCUACAUGCUUUUGGCGAAAAGUAUCACCUCACUCACUCCUUCCCCUUUGCCCCUGACAACUGGAAGGAUAGUGACAACGCUCAGAUCAAAGAGCAUCAUGGCAAACCCAUUUUGUUUACUGGAUUUGAGAGCGAGGUUGGACGGGACUUGCUCACGCUUACAGCUGACCCUGCUGAUCUCUUUGGUUUGAAAACCAAACAGCUUGCUUCUUGGGAUGCUUGCUGCAAGCUCACGGACGGUUUUGCUGCCACAGAUGAUGAAACUGCCAAGACCGUUGGUGCAUUUCCUUUUCUCCCCAUCAUUGGUCGAGAUUGGUGUGCAAAAGUUGCAAAUGGUCUGUAUCCUAUGGAUAUCAGCAAAAGCUGGAC